AUGCACACUGCUACUAUCGACCUCAUCAAAUUGGAAGGAGCACAUGUCAUCGUGUCGCAAGGCAACUAUGAUCAAGCCGUCGAUGAGACAUGGAAACUUGCCAACCUCGAUGGUGGUCUCCUGAUACAGGACUUUGCCUUUGGCGACUACAAAGAGAUACCUCAGUGGAUCGUCGAAGGCUAUCAGACCAUGAUGCAAGAGAUCGAUGAGCAGGUCUAA